UUCGUCAUUGGGAAACCUGCAGGGAUUCUGAAACACAGUUCUGAUAAUCAUUCAUGAGUUGGGAUAUCUUCUCGAGCUAGCUACCUGACAUUGAUUAUUAGCCUCCCAUCCCAGCGGUCUCAUCAGCAAGUCUCAUCGUGGAUUGUUAGAAAGCAGCAGGUUUGUCUUCAAACACUGGUUCAUCAACAUGGACAUCACUUCACUACUGACAGCUGUUCUCACACUGAGUCUGGUACCACUGACCAUAUCAACAACUCAACCUCCAACAGAUGUCCCUACAACCCUCUCAUCAACAUAUGCUGCAACAGGGUUUCCCCAAGGACCAGAGACUACGGUAGGUGAGCCAGAUGUGGAGCUUAUCACAGAAGAACAAGAGCUACUGAACAACCCUCAAGAACAAACAAACCACCAACAAGAGCAACAGAAUCAUCAUCAAGAGCAUCAGAAGCAACAGACGCAGCAGCAGGAGCAGCAGCAGUCAAUGCAUCAAGAAAUGCUCAAUCAGCAGCAGGCCUGUGGUAGAGGCUGCUGUGGCUUCCCAGGAAUGCCUGGGAUACCAGGUAUACCAGGACACAAUGGCUUACCAGGAAACCCUGGUGUCCAAGGAGAACCUGGCAUGAAAGGAGACGGUGGGACAUGGGGGCAGCAGGGAUUGGCAGGACGACGUGGAUCCAAGGGCCCGAAGGGUUCUAGAGGACCUCAAGGCCCACCAGGAAUGAAAGGAGAAAAGGGAGAUUUAGGAGGAUUAAAGGGCGAUUCAGGAGAGAGAGGUAUACCAGGACAGUCAGGUAUGAAAGGACUACGUGGGCCUAGAGGUCUUCCAGGUAUCCAAGGACCAGCCAAUCAUGCGCUUCCUCAAGAACUUCGUGUUGCUUUCACUGUAAUCAAUGCAACCCGCUUCCCAACACCUAACACACCUAUUGUCUUCCAAACAAUAGUCAGUAAUUCUGGUGAAGGCUAUGAUCAAGACACUGGCAAAUUCACAUGCAAGGCAGCAGGACUCUAUGCGUUUACCUUCCAGUUUUUUGGUGGAUAUCAUAAUUUUCGUGCGGAAAAGGCCAGUCUUGUCAAAAAUUAUGAAAUUGCUUUGACAGCGAUGUCUACAGUGGACUCCAGACUUGGAAACUUUGCAAUUCUUGAUUUAGUGGAAGAUGAUGAUGUUUGGGUGGAAAUCACAGAAAAUAGAGACUUUGGACCAUCCAACUAUAAUUCUUUCACAGGAUUUCGCCUCUACUGAAAUGUAUUCAUUCUUUGACUCUACAAUUACACAAAGCACAAAUAAGUAUUUUAAUCAUUCUUUUUCUCUGAUAUCAAGCAUUCAACCUUGUGCUUCUACAGUAUGGCAAUAUAAUGAUUGUUUCUUCUUUACCUCACAUUUAAAUCAUCUUAGGAUACAAAUUCAGUCAUGCAAGUAAAAUAAGUUCAUAGAUUCAAGUAGGGGUGAUUUCAAGAGGUGUAGUCAUGAUUAGGGUUGUUUUGCUGUUGUGUUUCUUGAAAGUAUAUCUAGGAGUGUACAAAAAGAUUUAAUACAAUUUUUACAAUUUUAAGUUUGUGAGUAUUUUGAGUUAAAUGACUAAUUGCGCACACUGCUAAGUAUUUUUAUGCUCAUGUUUUGUAUGAUGUUGCUACAGUUAUGAAAACACAUUUCCAACUUUCAAUCUCUAAAAUUUCAAAAUCUGUGCUACCUCUAUGUUUCCUUGGCUGAAGCUCAUGAGACAAUCAAUCAAUGUCCAUCUUGCAAUCUUUCUCUCAGAGAAGUUGACCCACAAGAAUGGCACACCAUCCACGUGGGUCAUCAAUCUCUUAGGACAUUGGUGAACUGGGCUAAAGCCAUAUCAGAUUCUGCAAUACAUGUUUGCUACAUUGUAGAUCAAUGUUGAAGUUA